AUGUCAGAUGAAAUUGAUGCAUUUGCUCGGAAUGGCACAAUGGACCUGGUUCCUCGACAACCACAUCACAAUGUGAUUGGCUUCUCCAAGGCAUGGCCAAUACAACAGCUUGAUGUUAACAAUGCCUUUCUUCAGGGCACACUUAAUGAAGAGGUUGACAUGGAACAGCCUCCAGGAUUCAUCGACUCGGACAAACCAUCUCAUGUCUGCAGGCUUCGCAAAGCGAUCUAUGGUCUCAAGGAGGCUCCUCGGGCCUGGUACACUGAGCUGAAAACAUUCUUAAUAAGCAUUGGAUUCAAUAACUCUCUCUCGGAUACUUCUCUGUUUGUUCUUAAGCAAGGUCCACACUACAUCUAUUUAUUGGUGUAUGUAGAUGAUAUUUUGGUUACAGGAAGCAGCAAAGAAGGGAUCACCAAGAUACUCACACUACUCGCAGAUAGGUUCUCCGUCAAAGACCUGAAAGAUUUAAAUUAUUUUCUUGGUCUCGAAGCAUAUCGGACGGAUCAAGGUCUACACUUAUGUCAACGGAAGUAUAUUGUAGAUCUCCUUCAUCGAUAUAAUAUGCAAAAUGCUAAACCGGUAAGCACACCUAUGGCAUCUCACCCGAAGCUGUCCUUAACCUCCAGUGCUACUCUCAAGGAUCCGACUAGUUAUCGCAAACUCGUGGGAAGUUUACAGUACUUAGCAUUUACGACGUUGGACAUCGCUUAUGUCGUAAAUCAUCUGUCACAAUUUAUGCAUCAACCCACUGAAGAACACUUGCAAGCAGCCAAGAGGAUACUUCGAUACCUGGCUGGAACUCCCACGCAUGGCAUCUUCUUCUUUGCCAAUAAUCCGCUCGGUAUUCAUGCCUUCUCGGACGCUGACUGGGCUGGAGACUCGGACAACUACACGUCCACCAAUGCAUACAUCAUCUACAUUGGUAGCCAUCCUGUUUCGUGGACUGCAAAGAAACAACGCGGAGUUGCUCGUUCCUCCACAGAAGCAGAGUAUCGAGUUGUGGCAAAUACUGCAGCCGAAAUAAGUUGGGCCUGUAAUGUUCUCACCGAGCUUGGCAUCACCUUACCUACAAAACCGGUUGUCUACUGUGAUAAUAUAGGUACCACAUUCCUCUGUUCCAAUCCAGUUUUCCACUCUCGGAUGAAACACAUUGUUGUUGAUUAUCACUUCAUUCGUGGUCAGAUACAACAAGGUGCCCUACGGGUUGCUCACGUUCACACCAAAGAUCAGCUUGCCGAUACAUUAACCAAGCCACUUCCUCGUCCACGGUUCUUAGAAUUACGAGACAAGAUUGGAGUAGCUGAAGCUCCUCCAUCUUGA